ACCAGUGGCCUUCUUAACCCUCCAAUGUCAACUGUCUCGCUGUCCCUAUCCACCCCCUUCCUGGUAAAGAUCUAGUGGGGUCUUCAGGAGCCCUGCGAUGGUGGGAGGAGUGUGGGCAGCCUGGGACCCGCCCAGCCACAGACCUUCCAGGAACAGUGGGCAUGUGCCUUGGCAUCGGGGCAUGCUGAUCCUUCUCUCCAGAGAGGGCAGUGUGUGGGGAACGGGGAGGAAUCCAGCGACUUCUUGGCAAUACAAAUUCCUGCUCUCCCCCUCAGUCUGACCCUUGUCUGGCCAUCUGAGCCAAGGCAAUACCGACAGGCAGGGCAGUUUGGAAAAGAAGGGAAAGGCGUGUUUGCUGGUUUGCUUGGCCUGCAUCGAGCAUGAGCCCUGUCUACCCCUCCUCCGCGGGCUGUCUCCACUAGCUUCUCUCCCGUCUACCCAUCUCCGCCCUCCUGUCCCUCCGGGCUGCUCGGGCGCCACUGCUACUGUCCCCAACCUGCCCCACCAGCCCGGCUAAAGGGCUGCGUGACUCACGACGCUGCCACCAGCCCACGGCUUGCCCGUGGCGUAUAAAGGUUGCCCCGGCGGGAAGCGCCCCAGCCCUGACCGCUGGCCCGAGGAGCGCAGAACAUGGCCCGAAGCGCGGAGCGAGACUGCGGGGGCGCAGGCUGGGGGCUGCGCGGCGCCCUGGCCGCCGUGGCCCUGCUCUCGGCGCUCAAUGCCACAGGAACGGUGUUUGCGCUCUGCCAGUGGCGCGGGCUGAGCGCGGCGCUGCGGACCCUGGAGGAGCAGCGGGCCAGGGAGCAGAGAGAGGACAGCGCCCUGCGCACCUUCCUGGAGGAGUUGAGUCGCGCGCCGCGCUGGGCGCCCGCGCCACCUUCAGACCCCGUAGGCGCCGCGCGCAAUAAGCGCAGCCAAAGCGGGGAGCCAGUGCCGCACCUCCGAGCGGAGAGCCAAGACAUGCUGAUGAUGAUGACCUACUCCAUGGUGCCGAUCCGAGUGAUGGUGGACCUGUGCAACAGCACCAAGGGGAUCUGCCUCACAGGACCACCUGGCCCACCAGGACCUCCAGGCGCUGGUGGCUUACCAGGACAUAACGGAUCGGAUGGACAGCCUGGUCCCCAGGGCCCAAAAGGCGAAAAAGGAGCAAAUGGAAAGAGAGGAAAAAUGGGGCUACCUGGAGCCACAGGAAUUCCAGGGCAAAAGGGAGACCCUGGUGAGCUUGGCUUGACUGGAAAUGAGGGCCCAGCAGGGCAGAAGGGCGAAAAGGGGGACAAAGGGGAUGUAUCCAAUGACGUGCUCCCCACAGGUGCCAAAGGUGACACAGGCCCACCAGGCCCACCCGGCCCACCUGGGCCCCCGGGCCCUCCAGGUCCCCCAGGGUCCCCUGGAAGAAGAUCCAAAGCCCCUCGGCAGCCAGACAUGUUCAACGGCCAGUGCCCAGGUGAGACAUGUGCUAUCCCCAACGAUGAUACCCUGGUUGGCAAAGCCGAUGAGAAAGUCAGUGAACACCAUUCCCCACAGGCGGAAUCCAUGAUCGCUUCCAUUGGAAAUGCAACACAAGUGCUAAAAGUUGGGGAGACAUUUGGCACCUGGAUAAGAGAGUCUGCUAACAAGAGUGAUGAGCGGAUCUGGGUGACUGAACAUUUUUCAGGCAUCAGAGUGAAGGAGUUCAAAGACCAGCCCUCCCUGCUGAACGGCAGUUACUCGCUCAUCCAUCUCCCGUAUUACUUCCACGGCUGUGGGCAUGCGGUUUACAACAGCGCUCUCUACUACCACAAAGGAGGCUCCAACACCAUAGUGAGAUUUGAAUUUGGCAAAGAAACAUCCCAAACUCUGAAGCUUGAAAAUGCCUUGUAUUUUAAUCGAAAAUACCUCUUUGCCAAUUCCAAGACAUACUUCAAUUUAGCUGUGGACGAGAAGGGCCUUUGGAUUAUCUAUGCUUCCAGUGUGGAUGGCUCGAGCAUCCUCGUCGCCCAGCUGGAUGAGAGGACCUUCUCUGUGGUGCAGCACAUCAACACCACGUACCCCAAAUCCAAGGCUGGCAACGCCUUCAUUGCCCGAGGGAUCCUCUACGUCACCGACACCAAAGAUAUGAGGAUAACAUUUGCCUUUGAUUUGUUAGGAGGGAAACAGAUCAAUGCAAACUUUGAUUUAAGAACUACUCAGUCUGUUCUUGCCAUGUUAUCAUACAACAGGAGAGACGAGCAUUUAUAUUCCUGGGAAGAUGGCCAUUUAAUGCUCUAUCCGGUGCGGUUUUUAUCGGCUACGUUAAACCAGUGACAGGAUGCAUUCGGUUCCCCUCAGUAAGCUUCAGGGCUUCCCUGGCACCAUUUAUGUGCCAACAGAAAACUGUCAUUAAGGGUAGCCAGGUACUUAGCUGUCAUAGUUUCAUGACAUGAGAGUUUAUGUGGUUGGUAGGUGCCAUUUAAAUUCAGAUUCUUUAAAGGAAAUUAACAGAUUGGAAGUCACAAUGGCUGAGAUUUGGUGAUUCCUCCACCAACUAGCUGGGCAAGUUACCCCUCCCUGUCAGGCCCCCCUUGCCCCCGUGGGUAAUGUGAAAGAGCUGGCUAAGAGGAUGGGUAAGGUUUUCUCUACCUAUAGGGAAUUCUGUGAUUUUUGGCCAUUGCUGCUUUUACAACUUUUAUAUAUGUGGGGGUUUUGUUUCAUUUUGUUUUGUUUUUAGCCAUGUGCUGAGCAGAUUUACCUCUGAGUUGAUCAGCCCAAUUGCUUAAGCCAAUGAAUUCCUUAGCGCUGUCUUGCACUGGGUGCCUUGGGAAGUGGCAGGGACCCGUUGAGGCUGCCGAGAUACAGCAUUACCCAUAGUUUGUUCCCUUCCUCUGCACCUGCGCCUGCCACCACCGCACCAGAAUGGCCAUCCUCCUCAGCUACUGCUUGCCGAUCCAAGAUUACCAAAAGCCAGCAACACCUACAUGCCCAGGUUUUCUAAUAAAACAGAAACAGGCCCUUCCACACUCCUAUCAAUUCUGCCAUGCUGAUUUGCCUCCGUGGGUAUAAACUGAGUCCUCAGGUCUCACUGGCUUCUUCUACCACAGCUAUGUACCCACUGUCAGAGUAGCAAACAUUGUGUGUCGGGGCACAGCUGGCUAGGAAUAUGGGAAGCACUUGGCAGUUUUACAGAAGAGAGGCACCAUUUGUGGUUAGUUAGAACUGGGAAGGGCAACUGUGGCCCUCGGGCCAAAGCCAGCCCAUCAGCUAUUUCUGUAAAUAAGUUUUAUGGGAACACAGUUACAGUGCAUUUGGGUAUGGUAGCAUAUGGCUACUUUUGCUCUAUAAGGCAGAGUUGAUUCGUUGCCGGGAAGUUGAGCAGUGACCCUCAAAGUCUAAAACAUUGACCCUCUGGCCCUAUACAGCCAGUCCUGCCCACCCUUGAUCCAAAGCAGCAACUUUCAACCGGUGUGCCGCAUGAGUUUUUAAAACAUGCAAUAGCUAACUAGUUAGUCUGGAGCAUUGACCUGUUUUCCCUGAGACUGUCAAAUAAAAAAUGACAACAGCCAACACAA